ACCCGCCCGGCAGACAGAACUUCGCAUUGCGUUGCGUUCCGUCUCAAAUUGCGAAAGGUGGGUGGCACCCUUUCUUAACGCAAGUUGGUGCUCACGUGACCCCUCCAGACCAAUCGGGUGGACCUUUAGGUUUAACUAUGUUUAAUGUCAGAUAGCAAUAAACUAGAAGCUCUUGGUCAGGCCCGCGGAAAUGGGCGAACAUAAUCUCCUUAAUCCUGGGUUUGUGGGACCGUUGGUGAACAUCCAUACGGGAGACACCUUCUACUUUCCCAAUUUCCGAGCCUCCGGAGGACAACUACCCGGGUUGCCAUCUCUCUCCUACCCAAGACGGGACAAUGUCUGUUCUUUGCCCUGGCCGUCCUCGGAGCCCUGCAACGGAUAUCCCCAGCCCUACCUCAGCAGCCCCGUGUCCAUUAACCCUUCCUUCGGCCGAGCCUGCGACCUAGCUAGAGUGGAAGAAAGCAAGUGCUACUAUAGGGAGGCGUGCUCGGAGAACGCGCCCCUCAAAAGGGAAGAGAGAGUUAGGGACGCUGCCUUGAUGCCCCUCGAGUCGGGCAUCCCCAGUGGAAUGAGCGGCAAUUUCGGCAAAUUUGAUUAUCCGGCUCCUGAGGCGGCGGUGUCCCACGACCCCCCUUCUUGUCAGUCGUUGGAGUCAGACUCCAGCAGCUCCUUGCUCAAUGAAGAGAACAAGGGCGCAACCAACGAGGCGUCCGCGCUGGUCUCCCCUCUCAACCAAGGAAGCAAUCUGUCCGCUGGGGGUGCUCCCUGGUACCCGAUGCACACGAGGUCCCGCAAAAAGCGAAAACCCUACUCCAAGCUGCAGCUAGCCGAGCUGGAAGGCGAAUUUAUGGUCAACGAGUUCAUUACCCGCCAAAGAAGGAGAGAGCUUUCAGACCGGCUAAACCUGAGCGACCAGCAGGUGAAGAUCUGGUUCCAGAACCGACGGAUGAAAAAGAAAAGACUCCUCCUCAGAGAGCAAGCGCUUUCUUUCUUUUAGGGCUUCUCAGAGCAUCCACUGCGGAGGAGGGGAACCACUUAAGACUCUUUUCGCCUUCCUGCUGGUGGUGGUAGUACCUGACGGGACCCGGAACUCUUAGCCGAUGUGGUUGAGAUUUUUUUUUAUUAUUUUCCUUGAAUGAUAAUGUUAUUAAUAUUAAUCAGUAUCCGUCUUCAAAAGGCCCAGCAGUAGGCGUGGUGGUGUGCGUGAGAGCGAGCGAGCGUUCGAACGCGGGAGGAGAGCGAGAGAGAAAGCGAGAGCGAGUGAAUAGGAGAAAAUGUCUUUUUUUUUUUUCCCCUCCCUUCCGCUCCUAAAUCUGUAGGGAAGCGCUUAGAACGGGAAUGCGCAGAUACCAGGGACCGCCUCCCUCGGUCCGCCUGGCUUCUUGCAGCUAAAAAAAGACCUGCCAGCUAGGGUCGGGAGUGCUCCGCGAAGGCAAUUUCAGCCGGAUGGUUCUGGGCUUGGGCAAGCCGCCACACGUAGACGCUUCCCGGAGCAAGUCCUGAGGCUCCCUCGCUUUCUUCUUUUCCUGACUCUGGAGGUCGGGAUUGGGUAGCUCGCCGGCAGGGAGAGGCGGAGAAGAAAGGCGGUCGAGAAUGGACUCGUUGCCCGCUGCUCGGCGGGGGAGAGGUGGUGAUGGGAGGGGAGGGGUGUCCUGUUGGGAUUUGUUAUUCGCUGGAGGAAAAAAACACGCGUGGAUGUGACCUUCGUCUGAAAUCACCGAGAACCAGUCUUCUGGAAGCUGGUGAGCCAGCUUGACAGGUUUGGCCCAGAGCUGGUGGCUUACCAAGGCGAGAUUCAGGAAGAGGCGACUGUGGUACCCAGGUGAGCUGCGUAUUUCCGUCUCUAACGACGCAGAUGGUACAGAUCAUCUACCCAGCUGUCUUUCUUCCCCCGUCCGGGCGGGCGAGGGGGGGGGGCUUCGGCAAUCGAAAUGUAGCUGGUGCUACUCGCAAGUUAUUUUCCUGAAAGUCACUGCGGCAGGAGCGUGGGACCAUUGGUUCAGCCCCCACCGAUAUACAGGGUGGUUUACCGGCUAUAAUUAUCUAUAGGUACGUGUAUGUUCGUAUG